AUGGUGAGUCCAGCCGGCUCCAGCCACCGCACCCCGGGGGCCUUCAGCCUCAUGGCCACCCCGUCCUCCUGCCAUGGUGCUGGGCCUGGAGCUUCGAGCAAAGCCUCGGGCCUCUUCCUGCUGCUGCUGUUCCUUCUGCCCCACAGGCACCGAGACAGUGAAGGGAUCACCUUGAGCCAGGAUGUGGCCUGUGGCCAGCGUCACAUGCAGGGGAAGGUCGUAGGGGGCGUGGACGCCCCUGAGGAGAAGUGGCCGUGGCAGGUCAGCGUGCACUAUGGGGGCUUCCACAUCUGCGGUGGGUCCAUCCUCAAUGAGUACUGGAUCCUGACAGCAGCCCACUGCUUUAACAAGGACAGGCGCACUGAGGCAUUUGAUAUGUACGUGGGCCUUGUGGACCUCAAGCUCGCAGGCCAUCAUACCCAGUGGUUUGAGGUGAAUAAGAUUAUUAUACAUCAUACAUAUGAAGUGUUCCACCCUAUUGGAGGUGACGUCGCUCUGGUGCAGCUGAAAAGUCCAAUUGUAUUUUCUGACUCUGUACUCCCCAUCUGCAUUGCAACCCCAGACAUGAACCUUGAGAACCUUACCUGCUGGGUUACAGGAUGGGGACUCAUCUCCCAAACAG